UGAAAUUAUGGCCUAUUUCAUUAGCUGAGGUUUUCAAUCAAACCUUGUUAGGUCCUUUCUGGAAGUGGAAGUCCACCUUAAUCUUAAAACGAAUAUGCAACUCAUGUUUAAUUUUCUUGAAGAACGCCAGCAAUUGAAUCCCAAAAUCUUCGUUGGUAUUGAGGGAACUGGCAUAAGUGGUUUAACUUCAGGUGACGAUAAGAGAUUACUUAUGGAAUGGGAACUUACGGAAGAAGCCUCAAAUGAACUCCGUAAUAGGUUGUGUGAUGAUAUCCUCUGGUCUAAACAAAUUUUAUAUCAUUGGUUAUUUGAAUGGGUCCUCAAUCCAUGGGGUUCCAACAUUCAGAUGGCCUUUAAUAAGAUUUUCUAUGAUGCACAAUUCCCAUGCAAUCAAUGGAACAGUUACAAUAGGAAAGGUGGGCCACAAAUGUUCGCCUCAUCAUAUGAUGAUAUCACUACCAGAAUAGAUGAAAUUUUAAGUAACAACAUGAAAGUUGCCAAUGCCAAUUUCCAUAUUUCCCAUAUCCUUGAAGUUUGUCAAAAUGAAAAUUAAAGAUACGACGACUUUUCACAUUACGACUCAAGUGAUUAUGUGGGAGAAAAUUGUCAAACGUUGCACAGAGUAUUGAAUCAUUUGAACGCGCACGCUCAGCCAAAUUUCCCCCUUUUAGUUCA